UCUAAUUGUAACGAUGAACUCAACAGGUACAAGCUACAUGUUAAAGUAAUGGAUUCAACUGGUGAGAUGAAGCUGAUGCUUUUUGAUAGUAUGGCUACUGAGAUUGUUGGCUGUCCAGCAAACAGUCUCCUUGAUGGAUCUUUCGAUGAGUUUGAGGACCCAGAGAACCUACCUGAUGCGAUCAGACAUUUGACUGGUAAGACAUACCAGUAUCUGGUCUGUGUUGAGAAUGAAAAUGUGUGGAAUGGACUGGAUACUUAUAAGGUAUCCAGAGUUCUUGCUAAUGAUUGUGUUGGAGAGGAAGAUCUACCAGAUGAUUCAAUUGAUCAGACUCAGGGGAGCCUUUUGCUUACCUACUCUGGAGAGCCUUCAGAGACUACUACUCCAUCUUCUAAGAGGAGUAGUGACAGUUCUCUGUCACCAGCUGAUAAUUCUUCUACAACUAAGAAACUUUGUCUUGAGUCAAUCAACGUUGUGAAGAUAAAGCAAGAGAAGGGUGUGAAGACUAAUGAAGAUAAAGUCGAUGGAGUCAAGCUCGAGUGUGUUGCUGUGAAGCAGCAUGAAGAGAACACUGAUGAAGACAAAGUCAAUUUGGACAAGCUCAAGGGUUCUGAUGUUAAGCAGAAGAACAAGAAUAUGAAGUAGUUGACAUCCAACAAUGUUUUUUCUUUUUGGAUUUGUGUUUUCAAUAAGUGGUUUAUGUUAGCAGU